UUCUAUUUAACUAAGCAUGGCUCUCUACUGUGUGUGAAACAAUAGGAUUUUAAAAACAUUUUACAGUUUAGAAGAUUUUCUAUAUUUGUUCAACAAAAACUUUAGUUGUAGACUGUGCCAGGUUGGGUUCGAAUGUGGAUUAUUCUUUUCUGUCUUCACAGAUUAGCCGUGGCUACAGGGCUCCCCCAGAUUCUCCAGGCAAGAGAACCAGAAGAUUUAUUAUCCAGGAAUGCAAUUGACGCCUCAGCUUCAGAGUUGGAAAUUGGUGUUGGUUCCAGAUGCUUCAAUGAUGUUAAUAAUCAGGACACCCUGUCUCAUAUAGAAAGCUACCUUGAUGUGCAAAAAGAUGAAGAGAAAAGGGAGGUAGCUGAUAUUUUGAAGAAAAUACAGCGAAGUGUGAUGAAAAAUGAAGAUUCAAUCAACCUGAUAUUAAAUAAUUUGGCGGCUUUGGCAAAGCCUAACUCUGAUCGGGAACUGUGCGAAAUCAACCUGUGCAAAGAGGGUAAAGAAAAGACAAAAGAAGGCUUGAAGGGCCAAGGAUUGACUGAUGGCGAAGAACCGCUAAGAUUUCGAAGCGAUAACGUUUCAAGCAAUGACUCUGGAAACUAUGAUCCUGUAGAUUCUGUUUAUUAUGAAGUAAAAGAAAAAGACAAAAAGAAGAAAGAGGAAGUAGAGGAUGUAGAGGAAGUAGAGGAAAUAGAAUAUGAAGAACGACAGUUUAUUCUUGAAACAAAGGAUGACAUGGCUGUUUAUGAGGAAAAAGAAGAAGCGUUUGAAGGAGAAUCAGAUGCUGGAGGAGAAGCUGCUUCUGAAUUUGAAGAAAGACAAUUUAUUCUUGAAACAAAGGAUGACAUGGCUCUUUAUAAGGAAAAAGAAGAAGCCUUUGAAGGAGAAACCAUGGAGAACUAUGUUAAAGAGAAAGAAUCAGAAGCACUAUCUGAAUAUGAAGAAAGACAAUUUAUUUUGGAGACACGUGACGGCAUUAAAGAAGAAUCAGCUGUUAUAAAGAAAUCCGCGAAUUUUCUAGAAUCAGCUGAUUCCCAGGAAUCCGGGAACAUAAAUGUUGACUCUGCAAGCUAUAAUAUUAUGGAGAAAGAAAAAGGAAAUGAGAAAGAACAGAAAGAAUCUGGAAGAAAUGAAACAAGUGAAGUUGUUUAUGAUUACGAAGAGAGAAAGUUCAUUCUUGAGACACGUGACAGUGCAGCAACUAAUUCGUUUAGAUCAGAUGAAUCAUCGUCCAAUAAUAAUUCAGAGGGUAAAAAAGAAAUGAAAUUUAUUCUUGAAACUCGAGAUCACAGGAAUAAUUCCGGCAAUUCUAACAAAGCAGGAAAUUUUACGAGAAAUAUCACUAGGUCAUCCUCACGAGGCGUGAAAACAAAUGCAGAAGGGAUGGAUCAAUACGAGCAAAGACAGUUUAUUCUUGAAACUAAGAAUAAAGAAGGUGGACCUAUUGCAAUCAAUGUUUUAAAAAAGCCUACACUAAAAGCCAAUUUGAAAACUGUAUCAGGAGAAACAUAUCAAAUUUCAGAACACGCUGAAAAUAUGGCUGCAGGUAAUCUGUCCUGGAGAUCGGAUGAACUAGAGGAAAACAGUGAAAGUGAAACAAUUUUAGGAUAUUUUAAUGAUAAACAUAUAUUUGAGGUGGAAGGUGGUUCAAAUACUGAUAACACUAACUCCUUUUCAAGUAAAGCAUUUACUAGCUACAAAUCAGACGAUUCAGAUCAGGAAACACGAGAAGAAAUUGUACAUUUAUUACUUGAUGCAGACAGUGUUGCCAGUUUAUCAGAAGAAGAUAAGAUUAGGCUCAAGAGAUCUACACUUGAGGAUAUUUAUCCAGGAAAAAAUCAACAAAUCAUUUCGACGAAUAAGAAAGAAAAUGUUGAAAAAAAUAAGAUAAAACUGUUUAAUGAAUAUAAAGCUGUGCCUGUUAGGUUUAUAAAUAAAAUGAUACCAACCUAUGCUGGGUCUAAAAGAUUAAUGGAUUCAACUCCUGAAAACUUAGAUGCCAAAACAGGAUUGUUCGAUGAUGACGCAAAUUCAGAGGAAAAUCAAAAUUACCAGACGUCUAUCGACACAGAAUUAAGAGAGAAAAAUGUUCUUGAGGGCUAUGCAAGCUAUGUAUUUGAAGGAGAUAUAGAGGUAGAAUCUGGUUCAAAAAAAUGAAAAAAAAUGUUGGCGCUUAAAAUGAUACAGUUUAUGGUGCAAACUCUAAAUAUCUUGUCGAAAAAUAUAAAAUUUCAGAUUUAAAUAAAGAAUAUAUCUAGCAAA